AUGAAUCUGUCUGACAAGUGCUUCUGCUUUCACUCUCUGAGCAGUGUCAAUCUCCCUCCAGCCGCCUCCUCUCUCUCCCUCCAAUCUCCUCCUCUCUCUCCCUCCAGUCUCCUCCGGCCUCACUCCAAUCUCCUCCUCUCCCUCCAAUCUCCCCCCAAUCUCCCCCUCUCUCUCCAAUCUCCUCCUCUCUCUCUCUCCAGUCUCCUCCGGCCUCACUCCAAUCUCCUCCUCUCUCUCCAGUCUCACUCCAAUCUCCUCUCUGUCCAAUCUCCUCCUCUCUCCCCCAGUGUCUCUCUCCAGUCUCCUCUCUCCGGUCACCUCCUCACUCUCCAGUCUCCUCUCUCCCCAAUCUCCCCUUCUCUGUCUACCCUCUCUCCAGUCUCCUAUGUUCACUCUCUUCCUCUCUCCCCAGUCACCACCUCUGUCCACUCUCUUCCUCUCUCUCCAGUCUCCUCCUUGCUGUUCAGUCUCUUCCUCUCUCUACCUCUUGCUCCAUUCUCCUCCUCUCUGUCCAGUCUCUACCUCUCUUCAGUCUGCUCCUCUCUCCUCCGUCUCCUCUAUUCUCCCCCAGUCUCUCUCCAUUCUACUUCACUCUCCCCCAGCCUCCUCCAGGCACCUCCAGUCUCCUCUCUUAGCCUCCUUCGUCUCUCUCUCUCUCCAGUCUCCUCCAGCUCUGGUCCUCGUCAGCAGCACCCAGUAUAUUGGCUGAGGCCUCGGUGCCUUCUGAAUGCGGCCCCAGUGGAGGUUCAGCCCCCUCCAGGGAGACGAGAGUUGGUUCACCGCCAGGGCGUGCCGACUGCCCUUUCACUUUAG